AUGGGAUUGACAAUAUCAGGAUUAUUUGGACGUCUCUUUGGAAAGAAACAAGUUCGAAUUUUAAUGGUCGGUUUGGACGCGGCUGGCAAGACAACUAUCUUAUAUAAAAUGAAGUUGGGUGAAAUUGUUACCACGAUUCCCACUAUUGGAUUUAAUGUCGAGACGGUUGAAUAUAAAAAUAUAUCGUUCACGGUUUGGGAUGUGGGUGGUCAAGAUAAAAUUAGGCCAUUGUGGAGACAUUAUUUUCAAAAUACCCAGGGAUUAAUAUUUGUGGUUGACAGUAAUGAUCGCGAGCGCAUUGAAGAAAGUUGUCGCGAACUGCACAAAAUGUUGGAGGAAGAUGAACUGCGAGAUGCUAUAUUACUAAUUUUUGCCAAUAAACAAGAUCUACCGAAUGCAAUGACUGCCGCUGAAUUAACGGAAAAGCUAGCUCUUCAUAAUUUACGAUCUCGUCAGUGGUAUAUUCAAGCAGCGUGCGCAACUGCUGGUCAUGGACUCUAUGAAGGUUUCGAUUGGCUUUCCGUUCAAUUAUCAAAAGGAUGA